AUGAGUCAACCGCCCGCAAAAGUAUCUCCCGCCGACAGCGCUUCCUCCUCUUCACCUUUAGUCCCUCUACAUCCUAAGCCUCGAUCAGCCAUCCCAUCCCACUUGCUGAAUAGUGGUUCUCCUCUACGUCAGCCAACAAAAACCAGAGCUCAAGAAAGGGAAAGUCUAGCUUCCUCCAUCAAGAGCACCUAUGCGCGCCGCAUGACAAUCGACAUGGGAGACGUUCGAAAUUCCCCCACCAUCAUACAAGGGGUGUCUUGGACUGGUCUCGCCGAUAGCGAUGUCUCCGACGAUCACAAGAGGCCCCUCAGUUUACGAGAGCCAGCCAGAGAUGUCAGAGACGAGGCACCCAUCACUCCUCCCGCCACCGUAUCCCGUCCGGCAAGCCCCUACACAAUGAACCCUCCCAUCGACUUCGACGGGCUCAGUUGGCCUUGUAUUGGCACAAGGGAACGACUUGAGCAGACUCCCGAGCAAGCGCAGGCCCGACUGGACAAGCUUGCUGGGGCUGUCAAGACAAUCUUUGAGUGCAUUGGCGAAGAUCCCGACCGAGAAGGGCUACGAGGAACGCCUGAGCGCUAUGCGAAAGCCCUGAUGUACUUCACCAAAGGAUAUGAAGAAAAUGUAAGAGACUUGGUUAAUGGCGCAGUUUUUCACGAAGAUCAUGAUGAGUUGGUGAUUGUCAAGGAUAUUGAGGUGUUCAGCUUAUGCGAGCAUCACAUGGUGCCGUUUAUUGGGAAGAUGCAUAUCGGAUACAUCCCCAAUCGGAGAGUCCUCGGCCUCAGUAAAUUGGCAAGACUGGCUGAGAUGUUUUCUCGAAGGCUCCAGGUCCAAGAGAGACUGACCAAGCAAGUGGCGCUUGCGAUUGCUGAAGUCCUCCAACCUCAAGGUGUGGCUGUGGUGAUGGAGUCCAGUCAUCUGUGCAUGGUCAUGAGAGGGGUACAAAAAACCGCAAGCAGUACCACCACAAGUUGUAUGCUUGGGGCCAUGAGGAGCAGUGCGAAGACAAGGGAAGAGUUUCUCAGUCUCUUGAACCGCAAGUGA